AGCAAAACAACGCAACUUCAGUCAGCUGUCAAAAGUGCGUGUUCGGGGUGUUGUUUCGCUAGUUGCUCGUCUGUUUCCGUGAGGAUUUUGUAUCUUUUAUCUUAAUAAAUCCUGCAAAUUCAUUGGCGAAAUUACACCGGCCCGUUGAAACUUGAAGCCACCGCCUAGCCGCCCGAAAAUCAGCCAAAAUUGAGAACAACAAAGGCAAACCGGGCACGGGAAAGUCCUCCAAGAGCAAACAGCAGCAGGUCAGCGCCAUGAAGCCCACUCUCGUUGCCGACGAAAUGUUCCCGGAGGGGCCGGGACCGUUUAUGGAUUUGGAAGAGGCUGGUGGAUCUACUGGUUUGCUGAUGGACCUAGCAGCCAAUGAGAAGGAUGUCCAUGCCGAUUUUUACAAUGAUUUUGAGGAUCUCUUCGACGAAGAUGAGGAAAACCUGGUGUAAAGCAUUAUAAUAAUGUAACUGAAUAUAGAAUUAAUUAUUAUAUCACAUUA